AUGGAGGAUUGUCUUCAUACCUCAUCUGAAAAUCUGUCCAAAUUGGUCAGCUGGGCCCACAGCCAUGGGACCAUUUGCAGCCUCAUUCCAAACCUGAAACACUUGCUUUCUGAAGGUUCCCAUGGGAACCUGACAGCAAUGUGGGGCUGUAGUGCUGGCCAUGCUUAUCACUGGCCGCUAACAGCUACUUGCAGAGCUGGGUCCCAAGAGAGGGUCUGUUUCCAGGAUAACAGAAGUUUUAACUCUGAUAGUCCCAGUAUAAUUGGGGUGCCUUCUGAGACACAGACUAGCCCUGUCGAGAGGUACCCUGGAAGACCAGUGAAGGCAAAGCUAGACUGUAACCGGACCAGAGACUCCUGUGACUUCUCUUACUGCAGUGAGCCUUCUGAACUGGACGAAGCUGUUGAGGAGUAUGAAGAUGACAACACCCUGUUUGACAUGGUUUGUGAGUCUUCUGUUACAGAUGAGGAUAGUGACUUUGAACCCCAAACCCAAAGACCUCAAAGUAUUGCUCGGAAAAGGCCUGGAGUGGUCCCAUCUUCUUUGCAUUCAAGCUCCCAGGCGCAGAUGGUUGACGAAUGCAGCAAUGAUGUCAUCAUCAAGAAAAUCAAACAAGAGAUUCCUGAAGAUUAUUACAUUGUGGCAAAUGCAGAGCUGACUGGAGGGGUAGAUGGACCAGCUCUGUCAUUGACACAGAUGGCAAAACCCAAGCCUCAGACUCAUGCUGGUCCCUCCUGUGUAGGGUCUGCUAAGCUGAUUCCCCAUGUAACAUCCGCCAUCAGCACAGAGCUAGACACACAUGGUAUGUCUGCAUCCCCCUCUGUGAUCUCCAGACCAGUUGUCCAGAAGACUGCUAGGGUAUCUCUGGCCUCACCAAACAGAGGACCUCCUGGUGCCCAUGGCACCAGCCAGCAGGUGGCCAUGCAGAUGCCUGUGAGCACAUCCCAUCCUAACAAACAGAUCAGUAUCCCUUUGUCUGCCCUGCAGCUGCCUGGACAGGAUGAGCAAGUUGCUUCUGAAGAAUUCCUGCCACAUCUGCCCAGCCAGGUCUCCUCCUGUGAGGUGUCUCUUUCUCCCUCAGUUAACACAGAGCCAGAAGUGAGCUCCAGUCAGCAGCAGCCCCCAGUUGCUCCAACUAUCACCACUGAGGCCACAGCACAGUGCAUACCAGACCAGGAUGAAAGAGCAGCUGAGCUCAGCAGGGAGCAGAACGAGAAAACCAUCCGGAGCACACAGACUGCUCUCCGCAAUUUCCCUUAUUCUACUAAGCUCAACAAAUUUCCUGUAUUUAAUAUUAAUGAUGACUUGAAUGAUCUGUGUACCAGUGCAGUAAGCCCAAAUACCACCAAAGCCACGCGGUACGCCCUGAAUGUGUGGCGAUAUUGGUGCAUGACCAACGGGCUCAAAGAUCACACGGACAUCACCAAGAUCCCUGCAGUGAAGUUGAACGAGCUGCUCGAGAACUUUUAUGUCACCGUUAAGAAGAGUGACGGUUCAGACUUCCUGGCCACCUCGCUCCAUGCCAUUCGCCGAGGCCUGGAUCGCAUCCUGAAGAAUGCAGGUGUGGGCUUUUCCAUCACGAGCAGCACCUUCAGUUCUUCCACCAAGAAACUCAAGGAGAAGCUGUGGGUGCUGAGCAAGGCAGGGAUGUCAGGUGCCCGUUCUCGCAAUAUCGUCUACUUUUCCCUUUCUGAUGAGGAGGAGAUGUGGCAGGCUGGGUGUCUAGGGGAUGACAGCCCUAUCACUCUGCUGUCCACUGUGGUCAAGUACAACAGCCAAUACCUGAAUAUGCGGACGCUGCAGGAGCACGCAGAUCUGAUGUAUGGUGAUAUUGAGCUGCUCAAAGACCCACAAAACCAGCCCUACUUUGCCCGGACAGACAGUGUCAAGCGGGAGAGUCGGAGCAGUUCCACUAGAGUGUGUCAUGGGAAAAUCUACCAUGAGCAUUCCAGGGGACACAAACAGUGCCCUUACUGCCUUCUGUACAAGUACAUGUACAUCCACCGGCCUCCCACCCAAAUGGAAGCCAAGUCUCCUUUCUACCUUACUGCCAGGAAGGAGGCCACAGACAUGGGCAGUGUGUGGUACGAGGAGCAGAGGAUGGGACUGCGGUCUCUUCGAGGAAUUGUCCCAAACUUAGCCAAGAAGGUCAAGCUGGAAAACUGUGAGAACUUUACUUUCGUCUCAUUUACUCAGGUCUCCAGGAGGCUUGGCUCCCACAGUUGCUGCCAAUGAGCCCUACUGGGUCCAGGCCACUCACUGCCCUGCUCGCCCUCAUAGGUGAGAGCUGCGUAGGCAGCCACAGCCAGCUCUGGAAGCAGCCCAGAGCUCCGAGGAAGCAGGGGCCGACCGUGCGUGACUUCCGGCUCAGGCUGCUCUCCAUCAGCAUGGCCUGCUAUUCCUGACUCGCAGUUUGUUUUUUAACUGAAAGUAGAUGAAUCUGAAUAAUUUGGAUUGUUUUAUCCAAAUGUGUAUCACCUUUGUUAAAUGAUAGAAUCUAACACAAUGUAUAAUUGCUACAGACAAGAGUGAGGAAAUUCAUUUUAUCUAGUGCCUUUUUAGCACAGGUUUUCUCAAAAAGAAAAAAACAAAAAAGGAAACUUUGAGUAGUCAUUAAAAAAAUCCCGGUAGCCCAGUAGCUUUAGAAUGUUAUGAAGACUAUACACUUUGUUGAAUUCCAUUCAUAAUAAGGAAUUAGAAAGAGAGAGGCAGACAUGUUAACUAUUUGCAGGAGAAAAAAUGCACUGGACCCCUUUUGUUGAUGGAUAACUUGGUUCUGCAGAGCAAGCAGCUUCGUUUGAGGGAAGAUCCUGGAACUGUACUCAGUCAUCUGAUAGGAAGGCAGGGGCUGCACUGACUGCUCUCAGCAGUGAAAGGAACUCAGUCUCUGCAGUCAAUGGGGACAAUUUUAUGAGAAAAGAUUAACGCACCAAAAGGGUAUUUGUGAGAACAAAGUUCCCAGUGAACUAGAUGGCUUGUAUCAUGAGGGCAUUUCCACUAGUGAAAGAAAAUGGCUUGGGAAAGCCAACUGUGAUCAAAAUGUGAAACCUCUUGAAGCAGAAGUGCCUACGUUUUAUUUCUCAGCACCACGUGACAGCUCUUUUUAUUUGAACAGUUUUUAGAGUUUUUAUCUGUUCUCUGUGUCAUACAGUUGUUCUGUCAGCAUAAAGCACUGGAUCUGUGAAACAACUAAAGGUAAUUUUUAGGCUUAGCCAGGAAAAUCCAACAAAACAAGCUGCAAAGAAAACAAAUCCCAAAAUGUGUUUAUUAAAGAGCUUUGAAAUAUUUUUGUUAAAGUAUGACUUUUUCAGCCACAAUAGAUAACAUCAUUUUAGGUUGGCACCAAUGCUUGGGGACACAAUGAUUUAAGCAACCUACCAGGUAAGCAAACCCAGCAUUAAGGACGUCAUUGUAAAAUCAGAGCAUGAUGAUAGGUUUUUAAUGCAGUUUGAAACUGUUUCACUCAGGUUAACUGACCCCAUGUUAUUUAAACAUCAGCAGAAUUUUCUAAAAACUACUCUGAAUGCAACAAUCAGUGAAAAAGGAGCCCAAAGAGUGCUAAUUAAUAAUAAUAAUUUCUAGGGAUCUUUAUUUUGUAUUUGAGGAAAAACUGCUGUAACUUUAUACCAUUAUGUUCCUGUGUGUGCUUUCUAAAUCCCAAAUUAAAAUUCCAAUACAAAUUCAUUUGUAGGAGUUUUAAAAUGAGUCCUAUUUCUUUUUCAAGAUAUCUUAAUAUUUAUUUUGUUUUUUAAAAUCAUCCACUGGUCAUUGAAAUAUGUAAUACUUCCUUUACCAGAGAAGAAUCAACCAAUGCUGCCUUAAGGUUUAACGUUGUUCCCCUUUUAGUUACUGCACAUUUAUAAUUUUGUUUACUAGUUGAUCUUUCCCGAGUAGAGAUUAAUUUUGGCAUAUCUCCAUCUAUAUAUAAAUAACAGGUAAUAUUUCAUAAUCAGUGUUAUGACUUGAUAUCGCAUAUUGUUCUGUUGUGGUUUCCUGUAGUGAUUUGGGGGUUUUGAUUAAAAAGAAAUAGACACAAAACAUUAGGUCCAGUUUCCUUUGGUUUGCUAACAUCCAAAGGAUAUUUUGUUUUAGAAAGCAGAUGGCCCUUUUCUUGUCAGUUCUGUACUAAAACUGAAAUAAAACCUAUGUGAACUAUUGGGCAGAGCCUGCAGCUUAAUUAAAUAAAACCUCCAUUUUUAUUUUAAAUAGAUUUGAGAAGAAAUUGCCAUUAGGAAUCACUGGGAUCUUUUCAGACUUUAACAUUUCCAAAAGUAGCAAUAACUGAUCCAGAAGUUGUAAUCUUGAUAGUGGCUUUUCAUCAGCUGAAUAACCUUCUCUGCCUCAGAUUUGUUGCCUAUUACCUAUUUGAUGUGCUAUAAAUCCCCAGAGUUCUGAAGUGACUGAUUAUAAUAAAAUGUCAGGAGGGAAAUCUUCAGUGUUAUCUGAGGAAUGAAAGAACUGUAUCUUAGCAUCCUAAAUGCCGUCCAUCACGUGCUUCCUUGGGGAAAGGGAAUGAGAAGAAAAACACAUUCAUCAAGUGUCACCAUGUCUCACCCAUUGUACUAGGGUGUUUUUUCUAUUAUGUACUUGUGUAUAUAUAUGUAUGCAUGCACACGCACACAUACACACACAUUUUAAAAUAUAUAUGUGGUAAAGCCUGGUAAACCUGCUAAAAUGGCAAAGCACCUAUCCAUGUGUGGCCUUGGCCGUCCUCAGAGGAUCUUCAGGGGGCCAGAGUAACUCGUUCUCAUUGGUGUUCAACUAAGGCAAUUGUUCUGUCUUUCCAGUCAGCUCUACGUCAUACUCACUGGGGACUCCAUGAUUUUCUGCUCUUGGCCUAAGGCCGGAGAAAGGAGAAUCUUAAAGGAAGAGAGGGAGGUUAAGAGCAUUUUCUCCACUUACUUUUGGGUUUUUUGUGCUCCAAAGUGGGAUUAAAUAUCAAGAAUUUGCCAGUUCACCUAGGCACGGUUGCCUCUGGGCUCUGUGUCGGGAAUAGUGGUGCUGUAGGUGUUCAGAGAAGACCCGUGGUGUCCUUUGGGUGAGCUCUUGCCAGCAGCCCCUUCUGUAUCUGCUCUAAAGGGAGCCCUGCUUUCUUGCUACUGCCUCCUCAAAAUCUAGCAGGCUUCCCUGUUGGCAGUUUAUUCUGGAAGAGAUAAUAGGGCAUCAACUUGAAAAGUAUGAUUCAAUUAAGUAUAGAGUUUGUUGCAGGACUAGACACAUCACAAGCAUACAGCAAAUGUUAGCUAUUUUAAUUAUAACUUUUGGUAAUAAUUAGUGUUAUUCAACUAAUCUGCAUUAUAUCACUUAUUUCUUCCAUAAAGGAGGUUCACUCUCCCUUAAACUGUUAAACUUGAAAAGGAAACCAGACCAGAUAAUCAUCAAGUUAAAUGCAUUUACACCCAUGAAUUCUACCUCCAACACAACCAAGCCCUGAUACCUCAGAUGUAAGCAAAAACAUGUGAAGGAAGAACAGAGAAGUCUUAAGAGGCUUUAUUAAAAAGUUUUUCCACAGUUUAGUGUGUGUUUGCAAAAAGGAGUAUGGAAGUACCUAAUCAAAGCUGUGAAAGAAAUGGUGUCCUUGGCCAUGUGGCAUUUUCUGGCUUUCCUUGGAUUUUAUGCUGUAUUAAUCUGCUGACUGAUAAAUGGUGUUUGAAGAAAUGUGAAA